GAAAAGGAUUGUUGGAUUGGCCGACUCGGGGCUCUGCCCACCUUUCAGGCUCGUCAUGUUCGGUUUCUCCUCCCAGCGGCGCGGCGCGAACCCUUCCCUCUCCGSUUUGGUUUGGCUCAGCCUCUCCGCUCUGCCUCCCGGUGGAAGAUGGCGGUGGAGAUGCUGCUGCUGUCUGGGGCUGGAGCAGAGGGCUCGGUUUGCACAAGAAGGACCUGACCCGGCUGGAUUUAAACAGAAAGGGAUUUAUUUAACGCGAUGAACUUCUUSUCCGAACCAUCUUCUGUGAGUCUGGACUUCUCUGAGGGUGUUUUUAACCCGACCCUGCUGCUGCUGCUGCUGACUUUUUCUUUUUUUAAUCCCUUCGAUCCGCUCAGCUUGUCGGGGGUAUUUUCCAGACUUAAAAACACAUCUCCAGCUCCCAGGCGGACAGGGCGGGAGUGAAGAGUCGAAAGAAACGGAGAAAGUGGAGGAAAAUGUCGGACUCGAAGGUAAAAGUUGCAGUGAGAGUUCGGCCCAUGAACCGCAGGGAGAUUGAGCUGAACACUAAAUGUGUGGUGGACAUGGAGGACAACCAGACAGUCCUGCACCCUCCGCCCUCAAAUGCAAAAGGAGACAACAGGCAACAACCUAAGGUGUUCGCUUUUGACCACUGUUUCUGGUCCAUGGAYGAAUCCAACUUUCCCAAGUACGCCGGUCAAGAGGUGGUGUUCAAGUGCCUCGGAGAGGGGAUCCUUGAAAAUGCAUUCCAGGGUUAUAAUGCCUGCAUAUUCGCCUACGGACAGACGGGUUCAGGGAAGUCCUUUUCCAUGAUGGGAAACGGAGAGCAGCCCGGCUUAAUCCCCCGGCUGUGCUGCUCGCUGUUUGAGAGGGUCCACAGGGAGGAGAACGAGACUCACACCUUCAAGGUGGAGGUCUCCUACAUGGAGAUCUACAAUGAGAAGGUCCGGGACCUGCUGGAUCCCAAAGGGAGCCGUCAGUCCUUGAAGGUUCGGGAACAUAAAGUCCUGGGUCCGUACGUGGACGGCCUGUCUCAGCUGGCUGUUACRAGCUUUGAGGACAUCGAGGUGUUGAUGUCGGAAGGGAACAAGUCCCGCACGGUCGCAGCCACCAACAUGAACGAGGAGAGCAGCCGAUCACACGCCGUCUUCAGCAUCAUCGUCACUCAGACACUUUACGAUCUGCAGUCUGGAAACUCAGGGGAAAAAGUGAGUAAGAUGAGUCUGGUGGACCUAGCAGGAAGUGAGCGUGUCUCUAAGACCGGAGCUGCUGGAGAGCGACUGAAAGAAGGCAGCAACAUAAACAAGUCUCUGACCACGUUAGGAUGUGUGAUUUCUGCUCUGGCCGAUCAGUCUGCAGGGAAGGGGAAGGCCAAGUUUGUGCCUUACAGAGACUCAGUCCUCACCUGGCUGCUAAAGGACAACCUGGGCGGGAACAGUAAGACGGCCAUGAUCGCCACGGUGAGUCCGUCUGCCGAUAACUACGAGGAAACCCUGUCCACGCUGCGUUACGCCGACAGGGCCAAGAGAAUCGUCAAUCACGCCGUGGUGAACGAGGAUCCCAAYGCUCGCAUCAUCAGGGAGCUCAGGGAGGAGGUGGAGAAGCUGAAGGUUCAGCUCUCUCAGGCCGAGUCCAUGAAGGCUCCGGAGCUGAAGGAGAAGCUGCAGGAGUCCGAGAAGCUCAUUCAGGAGAUGACCGUCACCUGGGAGGAGAAGCUGAGGAAGACGGAGGAGAUAGCCGCCGAGCGGCAGAAGCAGCUGGAGAGCAUGGGCAUCUCUUUGGAAACAUCGGGGAUCAAAGUGGGAGAAGACAAGUGUUUCCUGGUCAAUCUGAAUGCCGACCCCGCCUUAAACGAGCUGCUGGUUUACUACCUGAAGGAGCACACACGUGUGGGCGCAGACACGUCUCAGGACAUCCAGCUCUUUGGGAUCGGGAUCCAGCCGGAACACUGCRUCCUGGAGCUCUGCCCGGACAGUGAUGUCACCCUGAUGCCCUUGGGGAACGCCAGAACCUGCGUGAACGGCACCACGGUCGACUCCUUGGUGCACCUGUGGCACGGGGACCGUAUCUUAUGGGGGAACAAUCACUUCUUCAGGGUAAAUCUCCCGAAAAGAAAGCGGCGGGACCGUUUGAAGGAGCUGGAGAAAGCCUCGCCCAGAGAGAGCUUUGUGGAGGUGGACGUAGAAACGGCCAGCGAGGCCUCCUCCGAGCCGGACUACAGCUACGAGUUCGCCCAGAUGGAGGUCAUCAUGAAGACGCUGGGAAACAACGACCCCAUGCAGAACGUGGUCCAGGUCCUGGAGAAGCAGUACCUGGAGGAGAAACGAACAGCCCUGGAGGAGCAGAGGCUGAUGUACGAGCGGGAGCUGGAGUCGCUACGUCAACAGCUGUCUYCUGACAAAACGUCUCAGGGGCCCCGGAGCGGCCUGAGCUACCCGCCGCACACGCCCCACAGCAAGCUGCCGCUGUGGAGCGAGGAGCGGGAYGAGCUUUUCCGUCAGAGUCUGUCUCGGCUCAGGGAGCAGGUUGUCAGAGCCAACACUUUGGUGCGAGAGGCCAACUUUUUGGCCGAGGAGAUGAGCAAACUCACCGACUAUCAGGUCACCCUUCAGAUCCCCGCUGCCAACCUCAGCGCCAACCGCAAGCGUGGGGCCAUAGUAAGCGAGCCAGCCAUUCAGGUUCGGAGGAAGAGGAAGGCGCCUCAGGUUUGGACCAUUGAGAAGCUGGAGAACAAGCUGGUGGACAUGAGAGACCACUACAGGGACUGGAAAGAAGGCAGAGAGGAAACGAAUAAUAAAGCCAACCACAAAUGCUGCGAUCCGUUCUACGAGGCACACGAGAACCACAACCUGAUCGGRGUGGCCAACAUUUAUCUGGAGAGCCUUUUCCAUGACGUGAAGCUGCAGUACGCCGUCCCCAUCAUCAGCCAGCAGGGAGAGGUAGCGGGCAGGUUGCACGUUGAGCUGCAGCGGCUCAGUGGAGCUCUUCCUGAGCAUCUCUCAGGAGGAGACGACUCGUCGGAGAACUCCAGUGAGUGCAGCUGCUAUGAGGUCAUGGACACCAACGGAGAGAUCGUCCACAUGGCUAAAAGGCUCACCUGCAGGGUGAGGAUCAAAGAGGCCACGGGGCUGCCGCUCAACCUGUCCAACUUUGUCUUCUGCCAGUACACCUUCUGGGAGCACGGGGAGCCCACCGUGGCUCCUCCCAUGGUCAGCCCCGACAGGCCUUCGCCUCCAAGCCCAGACGCUCACUUCACGGUCCAGUUCRACCACUGCAAGGACUACGUCGUGCACGUGACAGACGAGUUCUUGGAGUUCAUCUCGGACGGCGCUCUGUCCRUAGAGGUGUGGGGUCACCGCUGUGCCGGCGGCGGGAGCUCGCUCUGGGAGUUGGAUGCUCUGGAAGCCAAGACUCAGACUCUCCGAGACAGGUGGAGCGACGUGUCUCGCAGGAUCGAGCUGUGGGUCUCCAUCCAGGAGCUGAACGAGCAGGGCGAGUACGCGCCUGUGGAGCUGCAGCCUGUCAAAGACGUCAGCACAGGAGGCGUCUUCCAGCUGCGGCAGGAAGAGGAUCUGAACUGCCUCAGGGAGCGCUGGUCAGACGCUCUCAUCAAACGUCGGGAGUAUCUGGACGAACAAAUCAAGAGAAUCAUCCACAAACACGAGAAGUCCGAGGAGGACAUGGAGCGAGAAGCCCGGCUGGUGGAGCAGUGGGUCGGCCUGACCGAGGAGAGGAACGCCGUGCUGGUGCCGGCGCCGAGCAGCGGCAUCCCGGGCGCUCCUGCAGACUGGACUCCGCCUGCAGGGAUGGAAGCUCACAUUCCUGUCCUCUUCCUGGACUUAAACGCAGAUAAUCUGACUGUGAACGAGCAGCUGACCGGACCACACACCGCCGGCAUCAAUUCCAUCCUGCCCAAAGAGCACGGCAGCCAGUUCUUCUACCUGCCAAUCAUCAGGCACAGCGACGAAGAGGUGUUGGCAGUGUGCUCCUGGGACUCGUCCAUUCACGAUUCUGUGCACCUGAACCGGGUCACCUCAGCCAGCGAACGUAUCUACCUGAUUAUUAAGGCCACGGUGCAGCUCAGCCACCCUGCCUCCAUGGAGCUGGUGCUCCGCAAGAGGAUCGCUGUCAACAUCUACAACAAACAGAGUUUCACGCAGAGCCUGAAGAGGAGAAUGUCCCUAAAGAACACGCUUUACUCCUGUGGAGUCAUUUAUGAGAUCGUUUCCAACAUACCAAAGGCCUCAGAGGAGCCGGAGGAGAGGGAAACCUUGGCCCUCAUGGCAGCUCGCGGGGACAGCGAGGAGACCCAGGACGGCGAGACGUACAUAGAGAAGUACACCCGAGGAGUCCUGGAGGUGGAGAACAUCCUGAGCCUGGAGAGGCUACGACAGGCUGUGACGGUGAAGGAAGCGCUCGCUGCUAAGGGGAGACACCUGAGGAGGAGCGUCAGCACGCCCAACGUCCAGCAGACUUCGUGCAGUAAAUCAGACCUGACGGAGGAUGAGGAGGGCAGGAUGCAUCAGGACCCCUGUGACCAUGUGGACUUUAACUGCACCUCUCAUGAUGGUCCCCUUUGCACCACGCCCAUCAAAACCAAGGAGCACCCAGGCUCAGUUCCAGAGAGCCCAAACUUUUUCAGCGCCAGCCCCUUCAAGGUGCUCUCCCCUCAGCCRCCGAAAUUCCUCAAAUCUUUGCUUCCUGUCAAAGAGGAGAACAAGGCGAGGAGAGUCCUGGAGGCCCGGCCGCUGCUGGGACAAGAGAGCAUGCGCUCAUGUGUGGACGGCACCGCGCCGCGGCCCCCUCCCUGCUCCUGGCGCCGACCCAGGGCGGGCAGCGAGGGCCACUGCAGGGCCUCCGCCCCCAUCAGCAGGCAGCUCAGCCACACGCUGCCGCACGCUGCUCACGACUCUGAGGAUGAGGAGGCCGACGUUAACGGGACUCUGAACCCACGUAGGAGCCCUCGGGACCAAAGCAGCUUCCAGACCUAUGUCCCGGAGGACUUUGCAAACUUCGACAUCUACAACGCCGCUCUGGAGAACCAGGAGUCGGGCUUCGGCUCAGACCCGGGGGGAAGUCGUCUCGCAGCAGGAGGAGGAGGCAGGGACAGAGAGGCGUGCCGAAGCCCGACGGCCAGCAGCUGCACCAGCGGCUACGUGUCCCACAGCGCCUCGGACGCCACACUGUCCGACGUGCCCCUCAGCGAGAGCUCCGAGCACCUGGGCUGCACCUGCAGGGAGGCCCACGAGCCCCCCGGCUGCCACCGGACCAACAACGUCACGGCAGGCGGCGACGACGCUCGGAACCAGCUCGUCCGAUCCGCCUCCUCGCCCGUCAGGGUUCCUCGCUGCACGGAGAAGCAGCGCUCGUCUCCUCACAGCUGCGCUCUCAGCUCCAGCCAGGAGUUCACCGACUUUAAGGGGGCCGACGACGGCAUCGGAGAGGGGGAUUUAACGCCUUUUACUGAAGGGUGGGGACAGGAAGAGUGGAAACUCUCCACAACCCACCAGAAGAAAGCUGAAGACGUGGAACCGUGUGACGAUCAGCUGUCCUCAGAUUCUGGUGAAAAACAGCGUCCUGUUAGCAUAGCUGCGUCCUGCACCAACACCUCCGCCAUCACCAGCACCUCCCCGCCGGUCAGACCUUUCCCCACGGGCCCGGCUCAGAGAGCAGGAGGAGAACCUCCCAUCCAGGAGCCGGCUCAGGGAGACCUGCCCCACGGGAGUCCCUGCCCCAGUCCCAACCCCAGCAGCGCCGAGCCCUCUGGGGACUCCAGCGGGGACGACGGCGCCCCCGUGGCUCAGCUCCCGGACUGGAUGGCUCCUGGGGAGCAGGUGUGGGUGGGGAAGAGGAGGGGCACAGUCUACUAUGUGGGAGGAGUGGAGUUUGCUAAGGGGAUCUGGAUCGGCGUGAAGCUGGAUAUGGCAGUGGGUAAACACAACGGGACCGUCCAGGGCAGAGUGUACUUCCGCUGCCCCCCGGGACACGGCGUGUUUGUGAAGCCGUCCCGGCUCWGCAGAGGACCACCAUCGAUGGACACAGAACCUCAGACUGUGAUCAGAUAGGACCCAAAGAUCGGCUUUUAUUUUGUUUUCCUGUGGAGCAGCAGAGACCCCGACGUGGUGUUUGGGAUUCUGACCACUCAAAAUGUCUCUGAUCUGAUUUCUUCUGUUGGUUUGGUUGCUUUUUGAAAGCAGAUCUCACCUGUGCAUUUAAAUGAAGAACUCUGUAGUUAUUGUUCACUGAAGAAAAAAAAAUCACUAUGCACAUAUCUGAGUUUUMUAUACAGUCGUAUUUUUGUAGACAUAACUUUUAACUGGGAAUGAAGCAUCAAACCCUUAUGUUUUCUUACAUUUCUUUUUGAAGAUUAUAUAUAAUAUUUUUGUAUGACUGUGCGUACCGCUCUCUGAGGUUCAUAAUGAAGUGAUCUGAGGUUUGAAGAUUAAGAAUGUACUACUGUUAAUAAACAUUGAUAUUUACAUCAAUAUGUCAGGGCUAACCAAAGAA